UCUACCUGAAAACAUAUCAUCACAUUCUCAUAAGCUCAUUUGACUGAGACAGGUAUUUAAACCUUUAAUUAAACAUAUCUUAAAAAGCAAAUACGCUGACAGGACAAGGAUGAAUAGUGUUUGGAAAGCAGUGAUUGUCCUGAGUGCCUUCAUCACAGCAGCUCAAUGCCUGACCUGCCGUCAGUGUCCUAUUGGUGUACUUGGGGGGUGUCUGUUCGGGGAGGAUGUCACAUGUCAAAAUGCGACUGAGAGCUGCUACCGAGGACAAGCACAGUUCAAUGCAACAGGGGAUCUCACUCUUCACAUCCGCGGCUGCCUGGACUCCGACCUGUGUGGGAGGACGAUAACCAGCAACUUUCUGGGUGUCGGUUUUUCCAGCAGUUUUGAGUGUUGCACAACAGACCUCUGUAAUGGAGCCACUUCUGUCCAGCUCUCUCUCACUGUGGCCCUCUGUGCUGCCAUCCUGUCCUCUCUGUGGGGAGUGUGGAAGUUAUAGUUUACAUGAUCGGCUUCUGUUUCCACAGUUCCCUGAGUGGAUCUGUUUACUGUUUGCAGUAAAUCAGAGUAUUUCUACAGUCUAUAUUAAUAUUUAGCCUACUGUGAUUUGUGCUAUUUGCCAUGUAUUGAAAAGGUAAUUUAAGAUCUGUCAUCACUAAAGAGAAUCAUUGUGA